UCAUGAAAACUACCCCUAAAAGCCAAAAUGGGAAAGGAAAAGACUCAUAUCAACAUUGUCAUCAUUGGACAUGUAGACUCAGGCAAGUCCACCACUACUGGCCAUCUAAUCUAUAAAUGCGGUGGCAUCUACAAAAGAACCAUUGACAAAUUUGAGAAGGAGGCUGCUGAGAUAGGAAAGGGCUCCUUCAAGUAUGCCUGGGUCUUGGAUAAACUGAAAGCUGAGUGUGAAUGUGGUAUCACCAUUGAUAUCUCCUUGUGGAAAUUUGAGACCAGCAAGUACUAAGUGACUAUCACUGAUGCCCCAGGACACAGAGACUUCAUCAAAAACAUGAUUACAGGGACAUCUCAGGCUGACUGGGCUGUCCUGAUUGUUGCUGCUGGUGUUGGUGAAUUUGAAGCUGGUAUGUCCAAGAAUGGGCAGACCCGAGAGCAUGCCCUUCUGGCUUACACACUCGGUGUGAAACAACUAAUUGUUGGUAUUAACAAAAUGGAUUCCACUGAGCCACCCUACAGCCAGAACAGAUAUGAGAAAAUUGUUAAGGAAGUCAGCACUUACAUUAAGAAAAUUGGCUACAACCCCGACACAGUAGCAUUUGUGCCAAUUUCUGGUUGGAAUGGUGACAACAUGCUGGAGCCAAGUACUAACAUGCCUUGGUUCAAGGGAUGGAAAGUCACCCAUAAGGAUGGCAAUGCCAGUGGAACCAUGCUGCUUGAAGCUCUGGACUGCAUCCUACAACCAACUUGUCCAACUGACAAGCCCUUGCACCUGCCUCUCCAGGAUGUCUACAAAAUUGGUGGUAUUGGUACUGUUCCUGUUGGCCGAGUGGAGACUGGUGUUCUCAAACCCAGUAUGGUGGUCACCUUUGCUCCAGUGAAUGUUACAACAGAAGUAAAAUCUGUCAAAAUGCACCAUGAAGCUUUGAGUGAAGCUCUUCCUGGGAACAAUGUGAGCUUCAAUGUCAAGAAUGUGUCUGUCAAGGAUGUUCGUUGUGGCAACAUUGCUGGUGACAGCAAAAAUGACCCACCAAUGGAAGCAGCUGGCUUCACUGCUCAAGUGAUUAUCCUGAAGCAUCCAGGCCAAAUAAGCACUGGUUAUGCCCCUGUAUUGGAUUGCCACAUGGCUCACAUUGCAUGCAAGUUUGCUGAGCUGAAGGAAAAGAUUGAUCACCAUUCUGGUAAAAAGCUGGAAGAUGGCCCUAAAUUCUUGAAGUCUGGUGAUGCUGCCAUUGUUGAUAUGGUUCCUGGCAAGCCCAUGUGUGUUGAGAGCUUCUCAGAUGAUACACCUUUGGGUCACUUUGCUGUUCUUGAUAUGACACAGACAGUUGCGGUGGGUGUCAUCAAAGCAGUGGACAAGAAGACUGCUGGAGCUGGCAAAGUCACCAAGUCUGCCCAGAAAGCUCAGAAGGCUAAAUGAAUAUUAUCCCCAAUACCUGCCACCCCACUCUUAAUCAGUGGUGGAAGAACGGUCUCAGAACUCUUUGUUUCAAUUGGCCAUUUAAGUUUAGUAGUAAAAGACUGGUUAAUGAUAACAAUGCAUCGUAAAACCUUCAGAAGGAAAGGAGAAUGUUUUGUGGACCACUUUGGUUUUCUUUUUUGCGUGUGGCAGUUUUAAGUUAUUAGUUUUUAAAAUCAGUACUUUUUAAUGGAAACAACUUGACCAAAAAUUUGUCACAGAAUUUUGAGACCCAUUAGAAAAGUUUAAAGAGAAAAAAAACAAAAAGAAAAAAGAAAA